UUUAAAUGACCACAAUUCUAUUCCCUGCAUUUCAAUUGAAUUCCGGCCGUAGUCCAGUUUGGUCGAUCCAGUUUUGUGUCAUUCGUUGAACGAUGUCGGCCGAAAUAAUUAAAGGACCUGCAGUGGGCAUGCGACAUGUCCAGGCUCUGCUGAUCUUCCUCAACAUCACCACGUUGUUUCUGGGACGCUACAAUGCUUCGGUUUCCGUGGUGGCGAUGACGAAUGCCGACACCACAAAUCCCAAUUUUACGGAAUACGACUGGACGGAGCCGCAGAAGUCCUACAUUCUCUCCAGCUUCUUUUGGGGAUACAUUUUCACCCAGUUCCUGGGCGGAUAUCUUUGCAAGCGCUUUGGGGUGAAAAGCGUAAUGUUCUGGGGCGUGUUCGGCUCGGGAGUCUGCAGUGUCCUCACUCCGCUCUUCAUCAGCUUCGGCGAGUGGCAAGCCUACUGCGGCAUCCGUGUGAUCAUGGGCCUGGCUCAGGGUGUUGUCUUUCCCUGCAUCCACCAGCACCUGGCCAGAUGGUCGCCUCCGGGAGAAAGGAAUCGCCUGGGGGCCCUCGCUCACACCGGCAUCGAGUGCGGCAAUGUGAGUGCCAUGUUCUUCAGUGGAAUGAUCGCCAAGAGCUCCAUCGGCUGGCCCGGAAUCUCGUAUGUCUCAGGAGGCGUAGCCUUCGCCUGGUGUCUCUUGUGGUUCAUUUUGGCAGCCAAUAACCCCACGGAAUCUCGGUUCAUCGGCAAGGCAGAGCUGGAAUAUGUGGAGUCCUCGCUGAAGCACAACGAAGAGUACCACAAGACUAUCAUUCCGAUUCCGUGGAAGGCGAUUUGGACCUCAGCUCCGUUCCUCGCCCUCCUCGUGGUCCGAUGCUGCGAAAAUUGGGGCCUUAGCACCCUCCAGGCGGAGAUUCCCUCCUACAUGAACGGAGUCCUCGACAUGGACAUGAAGAGCAAUGCCUUCUUCUCGGCCCUGCCGUUCCUGGCGAUGUGGUGCAUGUCCUAUAUCUACUUGGUCGGCGCCGAGGUCCUUCUGGCUAAGGAGGCAGUAACACUGACGGUCCUGCGAAAGACCUUCAACUCGUUGGCGUUCUUUAUACCCUGCGGAACACUGAUUGGUAUCGGGUUCCUGGACAAGGACCAGAAGAAUCUCGCCAUCGCCCUAAUGACCAUCGGAGUGGGCUUCAAUAGUGGACAGACCAUAGGCAGUGUCCUCAACACCAUCGAUCUCUCCCCGAACCAUGCCAGCAUCCUGAUGGGAAUCGUGAACACGGCAGCCAAUUUUGUGCCCAUUGCCACGCCCUUGGUGGUUGGAUUCAUUGUUCCGGAUACUACUAGCCGCUCGGAAUGGCAAAUUGUGUUUAUUAUUGCUGCAGCGCUCUUUUUCGCGGGAAAUGUGAUUUACCUCCUUUUCGGAUCGGCAGUGUCCCAGCCGUGGGAUGCCGAGGACUAUUUGCUACCAAAGGACACUGAAUUUGGGAAGGAAAAUAAAAGCAAGAAGGCCGACAACGAGAAACACAUUUAGUCUAGUUUAAAUUUAAUGUAUCGCUUUAAAUGAAUGAUAAUGUUUUCAUC